AUGAAGCUGAUUUCGAUCUUCAGUGCCCUCUUCGGGGCUUCCUUGUGCCUGGAGACUUUUGUUGGGCACCAGAUUCUCCGAAUCAAGCCAAGAAAUGAGGAGGAGGUUAAGAAGUUGCAGCUUUUAGAGUCGCUGGAACACUUUGAGCUCGAUUUCUGGAUAAAUCCCUCCACCCCUGCCCGCCCUGUGGAUGUGCGAAUCCCCACUAACUGUGUCCAAGCAGUUAAAGCCUUCCUGGAGUCCCAUGGGAUUGAGUACUCUGUCCUGAUCGAAGACCUGCAGGUUGUUCUAGAUAAAGAAAAGCAAGACAUGGCCUGCAGUCAACAAAGGGAUCGCAGCCGCAACACCUUCAACUAUGGAACAUACAACUCUUUAGAUUCCAUUUAUGAAGAACUGGAUAAUCUUGCAUCUGAGUAUAGCAAUGUUGUCAGCAAGCUCCAGAUUGGGGAAUCCUAUGAAAAGCGGCCUCUGUAUGUGCUGAAG